AAACUUAUUCUUUUCUUUUAUUAUACUCACAAAUCAAGAAAAAAGUGAAGGGAGAGGUACCUACCCAUAUCAUUCUUGGGUCAUAAUCAAACCCAGUGUUCGUGAUCUGCUAUGGAUUGUCAGUCACAAUUGAAUUUUGGAAAAGGCUUAAAGGAGGCAACAAAAUGGCUGGCUUCUUUUCACUAGGUGGUGGAGCAGCAAGUACCAGCCAAGAUCAGCAGGAGACCACCAAUAAUCCUCCUACUGUAAUUGCUCCAGAAAGUAAUUGGUUUUUGUACAGAAAUGAUCAUCAUCAAGAUUUGCCCACAACCUACAGAGGUUUUGAGUUAUGGCAAAACACUAAUUCCCAACCUCAGAUUCGCCAUCCAAUUAAUCCGCUUCAAGAUCUUUAUCCUACAACGGCUGUGGGAUUAGGUAUCGGGCCGAGCCAUAGCGGUUAUCCUACUGUGGCUCGGCCCGAUCACGACCCUCCUUCGGGAGGAGGAGGAUCGGGUUUGGUGAUGAUGAGGAGUGGAGGAGGGGGAAUUAGCUGCCAAGAUUGUGGUAAUCAAGCGAAGAAAGAUUGUACCCACAUGAGAUGUAGGACUUGUUGCAAGAGCCGAGGCUUGCAGUGCCAAACCCAUGUGAGAAGCACUUGGGUUCCAGCCGCUAAAAGGAGAGAAAGGCAACAACAGCUUUCUACUUUACAGCAACAGCAAGAAGAAGAAGAACAACAACAGCAGCAGCAGCAGCAGCAAACGCUGCAGCUGCACAGAGAUAACCCCAAAAGGCAAAGAGAGGAUCCAAGUGCUUCCUCUCUUGUAUGCACUCGUAUAUUACCUUCCAGUACUUCUGGGUUAGAAGUGGGGAAUUUUCCAGCAAAAGUAACUUCAAAUGCCGUAUUUCACUGCGUUCGAAUGAGCUCCGUUGACGAUGCCGAUGAUCAAUUCGCAUAUCAAACAGCCGUAAACAUUGGUGGCCACGUGUUUAAAGGAAUUCUAUAUGAUCAAGGUCCGGAGAAUCAGUACAUGGCUGCUGGUGAAAGCUCAUCCGGUGGCGGAAGUGCUAGUCACCAACAUAACCUUAUUGGUGCUGCCGGCACCGCCACGUCAGCUGCUACGAGUGGUGGUGGCGGUGCUGGUGCAGCACCCGAAGCCUCACCUUAUCUGGAUCCUUCAUUAUAUCCAGCUCCUCUCAACACUUUCAUGGCUGGUACGCAAUUCUUUCCACCUCCAAGAUCUUGAUGAGCUUCAAUAUUCUUCUACACCGAAAAAAAUUGACAUUUGACUUUUUACUCUGUAAUGAGAUACAGUUAUGUUAGUAAGUAGUCGUUAAGGCUGAAAAAUUCUAGGGGUGGGGUUGGAAUAGAAGCAAAUUGA